UUGACGACUCUGUCUUCCAAGCAACUUCGAUGCUCGCUGAUUUGACAGAAGCGACUUCAGAUGCUCUUAAUACCUUCGUUCUAUCAAAACCUUUGGUGGAGUGGAUGCGAGUGCACACUAAAGACACAAAAGAGCUGAAGGUGUUUGCUGAUCUGGCCAGUAUAUCGGCUGGGGAGACAGACAUUGAGAUCGACAGGGUUAACAUGCUUCUGUCAGCAGGCAUCGGCUACGGGCCUUUGAUCUACGACCUCAAAAAAGAUGCUGGGUUUACUGAAAUGAUGCAGGCUGUCAAAAGGCUCGAGACAUAUCUGACACAGGACCCCAACCUACCAAAGAAAUUGCGUGACAUGAAGAACCAUCUGGCGUGGCUUACACACGUUCAAGAAUCACACGGAUCCGUAGAAAAGUCGUCUCUCUCGCAGGCCGAGGCGAUAAAUGCCAAGGGCAUCUACGAGAUCGGCGACAUUAUCCAACCAAAGGACAUACACGAACCACUCGAUGGUGUCAUUUCUUUACGACUCAGCCAGGCCGAGGGCGACGCUGAUGACCGACACUACAGUGUCAGUAACUUAAAGACACUGCAAAGCAAGCUCAUGUUGAUUGCAGGGACUGCAGACAAAGGGAAGGAGGAGGUGGAAAAGUUCGUGGAGGUCUUCAACGGUGUAAGUCGUCUUGGAAAUGUGUACCUCCGUCUGCGCAAAACUGGCUCGGUGCUGUUUGAUAAGUGGACAUGCACUGUAUUCUGUGAUCCAAACAAGAAAGUCAAAGCUAUCAUCGACUUUGGCUUUGGGUCGUCGACUCUUACAGGAAAAGACAAAGACCUUGUAACAGAGGUCACUAAUCUAGCAAAGCUCAUGGAGUCGUGCCUGGAAGGCUGGCUUGAGUUUGUCGACUUUAAAAGAGGUGUAUAUCCUGAGCUAAACAACUUCACUACCGAGCAAAUCGUGGUUCUUCGCAGGGAACUCGCAAACGUCGUGAAUGGCGCAAAGGCAUCCUCCCAAGCAAUCGUGUUGUUGGACAGUGUCAAGACGCUCUGCACAGUGAAUGACCUACAAGAAGCUUUCUCAAUGAUAGACCUCGAUGAUGAGAUAACUGUUGACAUUGGCGACGAAGCCUUGGUAGAGGAUGGCCAAGAAGGUGCAUCUAGCCCAGAAGGCCUGGAUCAGGAGGCACUUCUGAGAGAACUUCACAAACUUGUUUCAGACCUUUCAGAUGACGUGGCUAAUGCUGCUCUUAAAGUCUCUAAAAGGGGAACAUUCGAUGAGACUCUUAAUGAAGCCAUGGAUUGGUGCAUCAUGAACCACAACAAUGAAGAAUUAGCUCAGAAGAUCCUUGUAGAAAAUAAAGACGACACCGCAGACCAGAAUGAACUAGAUUUGGCAGAAGCAAAUCUAGAACAGACUAAAGAACAAGUUGACCCCCGAGAAAACGCUUCAAGGCUUGCUCCACUGAUGAGCGCGUCUAGCCUUGGUGACCUUACACGCAGAUUUGUGGAUGAAGCCAAAGAGAGAGAUGAGACUCUUGUGAAGAAAGUCACCGACAUUUGGCACUGCUACUUGAAGUCCAUCCAGUUUGAGAACAUGAAAGAGUAUUUGAGCUUGGAUCAUCUUGGUCAUAUUCUACAAGCACUGAGCACUAAAGAGCCCACUUCACAGAGAAGACCAUGGCCGGAUACAUAUUUGAAAGAUGGUGUCCCGAAUUUGAUCGUCUGCCCUACAGGUGACAUGUUCAGAACAGUGCUGUCCCUAUAUUUACAUGGGGGCGUCGAAUCUCCUCUGCCAUCCUACAGUGAAGUACUCUUGUGUACAUCAGAGACCACAACAGAAGAGAUCUUGUUACUCUUGAAAAGAGCCAUGACUGACCAAACAGGUAGAAUAUUUUGCUUGGUCAACGUCGAUCAGUUGGACCAUGACGUCAGUGUGAAAGCCGAAGAGGAACGUUCAAAGCUGAUGCAUCAUCACACAAGGUGCCAUCUAGUUUUAACAUGUGCCAGUGAGAAGCAACACCAGUCCUACAUUGCUACGGCUCUAGAGCAGCAUCGGGUGCAGCAAUUCGUGUCCUGUUCCGUCAAGGAUGUACAAGCUUACCUAACAGCGCAACUUGUCCAGAACCAUUCAAUAAAUGCCACUGAACCUGCGAGUACACUUGACUACCAAAGGAGCUCCGUGCGUGUGAUCUCAUCUGACAGACCUGGUCUGGGGAAGUCUUUGUAUGUGCAACGCCUCGCUCAGAAGCUCCAUGUCAAAAGGCAACCGACCAGACGUACAUCUUGCUAUCUAAAGGUUCCGUUCCAUGAGGCUGUCAUUGAUGUGGACUCCGUCCUAUCGGCUCUGAACAAACAAGAGCAAAAUCCCGAGAAACCAACACCUUCUAUCAUCCACCUCGACGUGUCUCCAAUGGUGCGUAAAGGUUUGGACUAUUUUCUUUUCAAUCUGACGGUUCUCGGACGUGUGAUGGGGAAAGAUGGCAAAGUCUGGUUGCGACUCCCAUGGGACCUGUACCUCAUCGAGAGGACGUCGGACACACCAGAUCUUAAGAUCACCGAAACAUCGACCAACUGCCAUUUUCCAUUUGUAACAUUCCUGCCUUUUGCUACUUGCCGGGCUCCAAAUGAGAUACUUGCUAGGGACACGCGAUUCGAACAGGGAACGGUUGAAGAACAAAAUGCCGAGGAUCCUAUUAUGUACACAACACUAUUCACUACUGAAGAAUUCCAGAGGCCUUAUCAAUACCUUCGGCACUUGGAGUCUGGAGAGGACUUGGACAAGUUUACGUUCACCCCUGGCGUUUUUGUAAACAACCAUGUCGACUUUCUAACGGUUGUUCUCCGCCACUGCGGAAUCAAGGAUCCAUCUUGGGCAGAACUGCGUCACUUUCUUUCCUUCCUGAAUUACCAGCUGAGAGAUUACGAGCAGUCCGACUUCUGCAAAACAUUUUUGCAUGACAGUCUACCUGGGCUGAGAAAGUUUGUCGUCGAAUUCAUGAUCAUCAUGUCCAAGGACUUCGCGACUCCCUCCCUUGAGAUGGCCGAUGAAAGCCCUUCAUUCAAGGUUGAUGAUACAGAUGCAGCGGAGACGGAGGAUCCUAUUCAAUACCAUCUGCGUCGAAGAUGGGAAAAUAGCCCUCAUCCAUACUUGUUCUUCAACUCCGAUCACCACACGAUGACAUUCCUUGGCUUCCAUGUGGAUAGAAAUGGGAACAUAAGGGAUCCUACCGACAACAGUGUUCUGCAGCACAACGUCAUGAAGAAACAACUAUGGCAGGGUUUAGACCUGCAGGGGGUAGAUUUGAAUGCCAACUUUGAUAAGAUGCAAAGGGUCGAGAAGAUCAGGAAACUACGCAUGGUCAUGGGGCUGGAUAAAGGCAAAUACUUUGAUCCUGACGAGAGUUACGAGCUUACAACAGACAACGUGAAGAAAAUUCUGGCAAUACACAUGCGAUUCAGGUGUAACAUCCCCGUCAUCAUAAUGGGAGAGACAGGCUGCGGGAAAACACGUCUUGUGAAGUUCAUGUGUGACCUACAGGCUGGUCCUCCUGCAAACAAAGACCGGCCAAAGAAUAUGAUUAUCAUGAAGCUUCAUGGAGGUGUGAGUGCAGCAGACAUCAUCCGUACAGUGAAAAAGGCACAGAGGCUAGCCACAGAGAACAGGCGGCGACACAACGUCGAAACUGUGCUUUUCCUCGACGAGGCAAACACGAGUGAAGCCAUUGGCCUUAUCAAAGAGAUCAUGUGUGAUGGGACCGUGAAUGGAAAACCUCUGCCCACAGGAGAAGAGUUGAAGAUAGUUGCAGCUGUCAAUCCCAGGAGGCAUACACGAACUAUGAUUCGUCGUCUUGAACAAGCUGGGCUUGGCUACCACAUAAGAGCGGAGCAAACAGAGGACAAACUUGGCCGCAUCCCCAUGAGGCAGUUGGUCUACCGAGUACAGCCGCUUCCACCAAGUAUGCUGCCUUUAGUUUGGGACUUUGGUCAGCUCAACAAGCAAACCGAACGGCUUUACAUUGAACAGAUGGUCAAAAGAUGUGUAAGUAAAGACCGGAUCCCUGCAGAAUCAGUAGAUGUGGUGACUGCGGUAUUAACAGCCUCUCAAGAAUUCAUGAGAAAGAAGAAGGAUGAGUGCAGCUUUGUGAGUCUUCGAGACGUGGAACGUACCCUCACCGUCAUGGCUUGGUUUCUGCAAAUUUUGCCUGUUUUGUCAGCCUUGAUGAACGAGAAGAUCACUCGAGAAACCCGAGCCAGCACUACUCAGAUCACCAAUGUAUGCCGAGCCCUAAUCCUCGCCCUUGGUGUGUGUUAUCAAGCGCGACUGGAAAAGAGAAACGACUACAGAAAGGCGAUUGCAAAGCACUUCAACGGGCAAAUCUUCAAGCUACCCAGGGGAGCAAAAACAAUCGAGAGAGAAACAGAAAUAUGCCAAGAUGUUUUCUUGGACCAGUUGGAAACCCUACUGGCGCCAAGCAUCGCCCGAAAUACUGCACUCAAGGAGAAUGUCUUCAUGAUGGUGGUUUGCAUCGAGCUACGAAUCCCCCUGUUUCUGGUAGGAAAGCCUGGGAGUUCAAAGUCGUUAGCAAAAAGUGUUGUCAGCGAUGCCAUGCAGGGUGACUCGGCUCCCUCCGAUUUCUUCAAGAGAAUGAAACAGGCUCACAUGGUGUCCUUCCAGUGUAGCCCACUUGCUACCCCAGAAAGUAUCGUGAAGACUUUUCACCAGUGCAGCAUGUUUCAACAAGACAAAGACCUCACAAAAUUUGUCUCCGUCGUUGUUUUGGAUGAAAUUGGGCUUGCAGAGGACUCGCCGAAGAUGCCACUAAAGACACUGCACGCCCUACUCGAGGAAGGUUAUAUUGAGGAAAGUGGCAACAGCGACGACACAAACCUACUGCAAAAGAAAGUCGCAUUUGUUGGAAUCUCCAACUGGGCUCUCGACCCUGCCAAAAUGAACCGAGGCAUCUUCCUCUCCAGAGGAGUUCCAGACAAUGAGGAUCUCAAGAAAAGUGCAAGGGGCAUAUGUCAGCAUGAUGAAAGAGUCAUGACGCAGCUACAAACCAUGCUGGGCAGCUUGGCUGGUGCAUACACAGAUCUGUAUCGCCCACAGUUGAAGGAUAGGGAGUACUUUGGUCUUCGUGACUUCUACAGUCUUAUCAAAAUGGUGAGCAACUUCUCUCGAACGUCUGGUCACCCUCCUUCACGCGCCGAACUGGAGCAUGCCAUCAAGAGAAACUUCAGUGGCAGAGACGACGUUGAUCCUCUCCAAAAGUUCCGCAAAGUUCUGGAAACUUGCGCUGAUCAAACAUUGAGGCCAACCGACCCAGACUGCAGUCCACUUGGCCUCAUUAAAGCCAGUCUAGAGGGUGUCCAUGGUGACAGUGAAGGGCGAUAUUUGCUGAUUCUGACCAAAAACUAUGCUGCGUUGGCCCUCUUACAACAAGAACUGCUCGAUCCUAAUAGUACAGUCAUCCUCUUCGGCAGCAGUUUUCCCCAGGACCAGGAAUAUACCCAGAUUUGCCGUGACAUCAAUCGCAUCAAAGUCUGCAUGGAAACAGGGCGAACUGUUGUCUUACUCAACCUGGAGAAUCUGUACGAAAGUCUCUACGACGCGCUGAAUCAGUACUACGUGGAAAUGGGCGGACAGAAAUAUGUUGACUUGGGCCUUGGUACCCACAGGGUGAAGUGCCGCGUGCAUAAGGAUUUCAGGUUGCUUGUCGUAGCCGAGAAGGACAUCGUCUAUGAAAAGUUCCCGAUACCGCUCAUAAAUAGACUGGAAAAACACGUCCUCUCGGUGUCAACGAUACUGACGCCUGCACAGUGUGGUAUUGCAAAGAGGGUGGGUGAGUGGGCCAAGGCGUUUGUCAAUGAGGCUGGUGCCAGAAACAGGAACAGAUGUAACAAAAAGCCUGAUGAAGCCUUCAUUGGGUACCAUGAGGACCUUCCUGCAACCGUCGUUCAUCGCGUGUGUCAAGAUGUCGACACUAAUGGUGACAUGUGGGAGGAAACAGUGUUCGAAAGGGCGAAAGAGACCCUUCUCCAAUGCGCAACUCCGGACGCCGUGGUCUGCCUUGGAAGCUCACAUCUCACCUCCGAAGCUGACACUUUGGCACACAAGUACUUCCAUGAUCAGCACCACUCCAGUCUUGCGGACUUUCUACUCCAUAACAUCCAGAAAGAAGGAAGGACUGGACUUUUAGCACAGGUAACAACGCAUGGCCGUCUGCUAUCAAGACACGACCUCCCAAACCUGAGAGAGACGCUUAGUCUGAAAGCUGUUGUGCAGCUUCUUUCGUUACAACAAUUCGACACAGAGCAACAAUUCAGCAGACGUAUUGGCCUUUUCCUGGAAGAAAGUCUUGCCGAGGGAGGUCUCAUGGUCGUGCAAUGUGACUCUGGUGACAUAAACACCAACCUGAUCGCCUGUGCCUCCUACACCGUCAAUACUGAACGGGCACAAACAGGCAACCUACGGUCCAGCGUGGUCUUUGUAAUUCAGCUACCCAGAAACACAAGAAAAGGAUUCUCCGGUCUUGGUGGUGGGCAGUGGCAGUGCUAUCACAUCGAUGAUGUUCAUCCCCCAGACAACAGCUCCCCAGAUGUGGCCACCAUGCUUGGGAGGUCAGUCAGUAGCCUCAUCAGACAACGUGUCACAACCUUACUAGACCUGAAUGAUGACGCGUUGACUGACCUCUGUAUGGCCGUCAACUCCAUCCAGAUCCAAAACGUCAACAGUCCUCGUCAGGACAUCAAGUCGGAAAGAUUGGCCUCCCCAAAGGACCAGCAGAGAGAACCGGUACCACAAGACACAAUAGAGCCGGAUAAUUCGGAGCUUGAGGACCGCAUUGACGUAGCAACUCUCUUCCGCUCUUCUGUACAAUCUGCAGCGGCGCGUUUGACCGAUCCCUCCGAAGUCAAACAGAGAACCAUCGACAGAAUCGAACUUCUACUAAAGCUUCUGGCGAACAAGGGAAAACAAACUGAAGCCCGGCUCACGUUUGCUGAAGUGCUGAGAGGCAGAGUAGCACAGCUGCUGAUGGAACAGGAAGAGUCACAGGUACACAUGGGAUCAAAUUGGCUUUCACAAGAGGCAGCGGCAUCCAAAGCUAUUCGUCAGGCUGGAACUUUAAGACGAUCGGCAUGGGUCUAUUUGAAAUCUGUUGUGUCUCCCAUGCUGGCGGAGGUGAUUGCGUUCUUCGACAGAAACUUCAACCUGGAUCUGCUUAAGACAAAGGAAGAAUGGUUGCGUCAGCUUUGGCUUCAUCUUGCAGCCAACGACAAGGCAAUCAAUCUCCAUUACGAAGACUGCCUUUCUCCGAAGAAACGUACAGUUCGUGAGACGGUGCCUGUCCAAACAUCCGGAUACGAUGGUCAGCUAUUCCAGUGCCAUCUUCCGUUUUCCUGGCUAAUAAGGGAGUUGGUGGACAAGUUGUGGCAAGAUGCCACAGUUAUGACAGCACGAACGUCUGAGUCAUUUCAAGAGGUGCUUAGGAAUGCAUUUGACGAGACUGAGAUUGGUAGACAGCUUAGCAAGGCGACAAAGUCGUGUACAGAUCCCGCCGAGAUCAUGGUGAGAUACAUCCAUGACUAUGUGCUGAUGACCCAGAAGAUCACUACUGGCUCAGAAGUGGAGAUCAAGCUCUUCUGCAGAGCAGUGGAACAUGCCGUGUCAAUUGUGAGAGAGAGUCAAGAAAUUCCACUCGCACCCCACGUCACCGAUGUGCAUAUAGCUGUUGACGAAGGAAUCCGGAGCUGUUUGUCACGUUUCUCCCAGCUAGUGGAAUCUUGGCCAGAUCAGCUACCUACUCUGGAGACCGCUUUGUGUAAUCGUCCAAACAUGAAACUCGAUGUUGCAGCGUUGCGUUUGGCACUCGAAAAACUAUCCGAGGCUCUCUGGCAGCUAACAACCACCAUGGAUAAACAACGCUGGGGGUCUAAAUUGCAGUCAGUUGGUUUGCUGGCAGAGGAACUUUUCGCGGCCUACAAAGUGAACUCGACUGGACAGCACCCAGAGGGACAGCUAAACCAUUCCCUUCAGGGGUGUAGAUACUUGCUGGCACGUCUGCGGGUUGUAAAGCUGUACCUUGACCAUCUGUGCGAAGAGGACCAACCACUACCUAUGCAACAGGUUGAACGGCUUUGGAAGGUCUUGGGAGACGAACCAAACUUCAAGAGCAGACCAACUAUGAAGACACUGGAACUAUUUCUUGUUGCACAGAGCAAGCAAGCAGCUUUCAAACAUUUUGCUGCCGGUACAACGGAAUGUUGCAUUUGUCUGGAAGAGUUGAGCCAACCAGUCAUACUACCGUGCAAACAUGUGUGUGACCAGGGCUGCCUAAAAAACUGGUUAAGACCUGGGAGAAGGACGUGCCCAAAAUGCAGACAUCCUGUGCCGGAUGACUUUCACCUUCCAGUUUCCUUGCAAUCCAAGGAAGCACUUCGGAAACACCAGGCUUUCAGGCGCCGAAGCAAUGCCUUUUUCAUGGAUGUCGUGUCGAUGUUCUGCUUUGCCGAUGAUGUACCGCCAGACCAGGAGGUUAUUGACAUGCUUCUAGGAUUCAUCGUGAGAGAGGUGGAUGGCACCCGGGCCAGAACGAAGGGCUUCUCCCCGUUUCAAGACGAGUGUGUGGAUCGAACACCCAUCAUUCGGUCUUUCCUGCUACAGCUGCUGCUCCGCUUCAAGUUUUUGAAAGUGUGUGAACAUUUGGAGAAAUAUUUUGAAGAGGCUCGAGGUUUUGCUGGAAACAUGGACGAUGCUGUUGAAGUCUGCGUCAUCUUUGUGCAGUGCAUGGAGAACGCUUUGACCAGUCAAGUAGACCGUGUGCCGCAACGACAAGUUCAUCUUAUAGAGCUGGCUGGUAGUGAACUAGAAAGAGCAGCAAAGCAUUGCAAGGGGUUUCCAAACAUACCUCUUAUGCUCCAGUUGAAUAUGAUAGCUUCUGUCCGAUCCGGCCUUUCGAUUGCAUGUGACGUAAUGUACAGUCAGGUCAAUUCCCCCGCUGGCCGUGUCGUCAACGAACACAGCCAACGAUCUCUUAGAAGAUUGUUCGUAAAUGUUCAAACACUCUUCAGAGAUUUUGAAGCAGUGACAAGGUGGCCAAAGCUGUUCAUUCCGAGGCAUCUGUACAAGCGAUAUGGCAUCGACACACUGCUGUCCAUAAGCCAGUCCCCAGAAUCACAGUGGCUUCUGCCAGAGGAAAUGCGUGGUAAUCAGGGUGACGUUGCUCCGGAUCGCUUUGUUGUCUAUGGAAAAGCAUAUCGUCGAAUAAGAGAGGCAACAGCAAGAGCCAUCCUAACCCAUGACAUCAGUCAGUUCAACAAUGUUCUUCAGGGAUCUGACAUUCCACAACAAGACAGGGAAUUGCUGACGCUUCUCGCCAUUUUCACAGAAAUGACAAUGGCAAGAGCCUCAACAGAACAGAAUGCAAACGUUAUUUGCCAGAUCCAACAGAUGUUGGUCCAGUUUUCACGAUCUACAGACGCCAUCAGAAACAAGGAACUGGCUGACCGGUUAAUUCUGAACAACAACGAGGGGCACUGUGCACAGCUUUCAUUCCGACCAAAUCAACCCCCUCGGCAGCGAAGUUUAUCUGCACUGAUUGUCCACAUGAGCACUGUGCUGGCUACAACUCCAACGAAUCCUCUGUUGGAGCCCCUGAAAGCUCUUGCUGCUGCUCCACAUACGAUGCUGGCACACUACCUGCCAACGAUGCCAAAUGACCCUCUGCCUGAAUUGAUGAAGGCUCUAGCGGACCAACAAGUCGGGUGGUAUCAGUGCCCAAACGGACAUCAUUACGUCAUCGGGGACUGCACAAAACCUGCUACCGUGGGGAAAUGUCAUUGCGGGGCGGAUAUCGGAGGCAUUGGCUACAAGCUCAUGACUGGAAAUCUUCCUGGAAGACAGGAUGAUGCUACAUCUACUGGGCACAUCAUCGGCGAUGCUCAAGAUCGACCAGUCACCCCUAUCCCAGAGAGGCAGCUAUCUAAGUUCGCAACAGUCAUCACCCGCUUCGUCCUACAUGCAUCUAUGCUAAGCGGUGCAAAUACGACCUUACAGCCGUUUACCAACUUUGUUCGACCGGUGCCGCUGGACAUCAACGACUUCCUCUGGCGCCACCUCAACCGUGACCUUGAUGACCUUGCAAGAGUUCUUGGCCGCAGCAUUGAUGAUGCAACGUUGUUGGUGCACAUUCUGCUGGCUAUCGUGUCCCACAGUAACAAUAAAGUGGCAGACUGGAAUGUUGCAUGGACAACGGCACAGGGGCGAGAGAAUUGGGAGAAUGCCUUCAACAAUGUAUACAUUGAGCCACUUCUUCAGGAUCUGGACAGGAGACUUGAGAAGGCAAAUCGACUCGUAGACGAUAACCACCGCCUUCUUGCUACAUCGUUUCACGGCGUCCUGUCCGACUAUUCAACACCUCCUGAUCAACUGUCACUGGAAAAUGUCAUCGGGCUUCCUGAGAUGUGGCAAUACCGACCCAGUGUGAGCCUGGAGCACAUGUCUCGCUGCUUUGUUGAACAUCAGGCGAGAUUCCCAAUGCUGAAGAUGUUCUUGGACAAUGCCAUAAUUUUGUCAGCCAUGUGCCACCUACCAGACAUCAUCCAUCUGAUCACACUCCUGAGGACUAGAUAUCACCGCAACAUCGACCUAACAGAAGCACUAACAAUGAAGAUUGCUGAAUUUCUGAAGAGCCUGCCCGAAGGACAACAAGGGGAGGAGUGUGAUAGGCUGGUGAAAUGCUUCGGUGAGAUCUGGACCAACAUCCGUCCGUUGCUACUUCAGCAAGAAAGCACUCCCCGGCCUGUGAAUAUGGACCCAUCCAUAGAUACUCAAACCACAAGCCUGUACCACCUGUUGCCAAUGAAGGAGGAUGCAACCAUCACGUCUUGUGUCACGGCUGUUGUCCUCUUCCUUAUUAGGAAGAACAACGAGUUCCUUGACAUUUACCGAAGAGAGACCAAUUUCCAGGAUGAUGGCUACUUCAGGUCUUGGACUGACGUCAGUACCGGUAACGUGGUAUCAUGUGACACCGCCCGGGAUCUCAUGCCGUUGGUUCUCAGCCACUGCAACUACUCCCUGGCAAUAGGACAGGGGACUCAAGUUGGAUAUGACUUUCCGGCACUGGAGAAACAGCUUAUUGACCGCUUUUUGAGUGGGAAGUCCAAGAUUGAGGAGAAGUGUGAGACGUUCCAGUUCCGCCAGGAAGCCAGGGAUGUCGCCAUGUUCUCUGCAGUACGGAAACAAAUUCCACAGGAGACAAUCGGCCUUCCUGUACAACGGCAGAUCGUUUUAGAGUCAGCAUCCCUUGAGAAUGUGUGUGUCUCACUGGCCGCCGUAGACAUUGCCAUUUUCUUCUUGGCAUCCGCCGGUGGGGAUGGAGAAAAACUGCUUGGUGAAUACCUCCACAGGGUUCUGAAGAUGGGGAGAGCUGCUCGCCUUCACAGCGACAAGGCUCGAAACUACUGUCGACUAAAGCAUGCAUUGUCGCUUUGGCAACUUCUGUCUGUCCAGCGAGCACAGCUGUUACUGGCAAACAAUCAGGAUCCUUUUGACAACGUCGACAUCUCAUAUACAAAACAACUAGAAGAGGAGCAAACAAAGGCUCUUGAGAGCAUCCUGAAGAAGAUUGACGUGAAGACGCUGGCUGCCGAGAUGUACGAGUUUGUAGUCGUCUCUGAUGAAAAGGAGAAAAGGAAACCUGAUUGGAGUCUGCGCGACACACUUGUGAGCUACUUGGACGAGAAGGACGCCCCUGAGAUCAACGGUUUCCUGCCACACUUCCCAGCUACUAUCCUGUUGGAGCAUGUCUGCGAUACUUGGCGGGUCCUCGCCAACUACAUGCACCAUCAAGAGGAAGACUCGACUGGUAACAACUAA